CGGGAAUACUGACAAAAGCACCGUUGUUAGAAGUGACGUCAGUCCCCCAAUCACAGCCAAGUACUUCCGGAUCAACGCUAGGUCAUGGGUGAAUCGACCGUGUCUUAGAUUCGACCUUGGUGGAUGUAAACAUCUACCGGAAGGUAGGUUAGGAUUUCAUUUGAUACGAAUAAAAUGAACUUUUGUUAUUAAGAAUGAUAACGUGCUUAUCUUGUCAUUUUAAAAUCAAUUCUGAUUCUAAACCAGUAUCUCUUUGAUAGCUUGUUUUCUGCUAUGUACCUCAUGAUUUAAGCAUAAAGAUGAUAAGUAUAUUACAUUAAGGAAUUAGUACGUUUGGGGUGACGCACACGUCAUUACUUUUCGCCUACUAUGAGCAUUUUAGGUCUUAAGCAUUACUGAUGACUCCUAGAAGGAGGAAGCAGCUUCGUAGUACAAAGCCACUGAAGCCAUUUUAGCUUGUACUCAACCGUAUCUAACUCUAAACUUUGUUUUGAAUUUGCUGAUAUCGUGUGUGUCUUUGAUACUAUCCUUUGAUGACCCAUACAGAUUAUACCUCAUUAGUGCUUACAUAAUGUAUAUAUUCUCUUUCGUGCCGAUCACUCGACUUUUUAUACAUUUACCUUUAGUAUGAUAUCACUAAAGUGCAUGUUUCUGAUAAGAUCAAUUAUGCAUAUGCGUUUUUACAGGACACUUACAGACUCUUGUGGUUUCUGUUAGUUGAUACUCUGAACCCGUCGCUGUUUCGUUCUUUAACUUGUAUAUGUUGCAGUUGGUGAGACGAUGCAAAGUCGAUACGCCCUUGCCUCGAUACGAACCAUCUCGAACUUGGGCAAGCUUAUCAACCUCCAGCCAUAUGGCGCUGACUUACUGCAAUGUUGUAUCACCUGUCACAGCGUGAAUGGAUGUGUGUCAUUCGCGUUUGAUAGGGUAAGACAAAUCUGUCAGGGCUAUCCCUCCAUCAGGAAAACCACGCACUCUAGGGACGAAGUACCCUACUACUACAAUACAGUGUAUGACCGUAGUCAGGGAUACAAACAUGCCGAGUCUGGGGAUUUUUCCUACAAAGUAAUUGAAAUGAGACAGAAUAAGACCAGUGCAUCUGAUUGGUGUGUGUCCCAGGGAUCCUGGCUGGCGAAAGUCAGAACAUUGGACCGCCAAACCGUCCUACAGACUGAAAUACAGCAGAAUAACCUAUUAAAGCAAGACUUUCGGUUCUACGUAUCAGGACAAUACACGACACAAUGGCAGCACAGUGAUGGUGACGUCAUCGAUAUCACACUGUGGUCACCUUCGAACCCUGACCCAGCACGAGGUCACUGCGUCAUGCUGACACAAAACGGUCUUUCAAGUGUCGACUGCAGUACCAUGUUGUUUUUAAUAUGUGCAGUCUGAAACAAACAAAACAAUGAUAUGAGUGAAGUUAAAGUGGUGUAUGCCAUUCUCUAGGACGUGGAAUACUAU